GUUUACUCGAGUUUGCUGCCAUGGUAUCUAAAACAAUGUUUGGGUAACCUUAUAUAUAUGUCAAUGGGUUACCUCAAGUUACGAAGAUUAGUAACAGUUUGUACAUUUCAUUGAGUGAAACUCAAAACCCAGCAUAGCAUUGUUCAGAUAUAGCUACACUCAGUUUAAAACGCAGUGUUAUUUAACUUGUUUUGGUGGCGUAACGUACCUUAGCCCUGCCAGAGCUUCUUCAGUCGAAGUUAGCUGGACAGCUAGCUAGCUAGCUAACGUUAGCGUUAAUGUUCGGCGAGUGGAAAUGUUCAAAGCAAAAAUACUCUUUAUUGGACCCACUGAGAGUGGGAAAACAGUUGUUGCUAAUUUUCUCUCAGACACAGCAGCAGAAAAUGUUGGAGGUGAAUACAGACCUACUCAAGGAGUAAGGAUACUGGAAUUUGAAUCGCAACCUGAAGGCAGUGGUGACUAUGCAAAAUGUGAGGUUGAACUUUGGGACUGUUCAGGAGAUUUUAAAUUUGAAUCAUGCUGGCCUGCACUGAUGAAGGAAUCCAGCGGUGUGGUGAUCAUUUUUAAUCCUGACGUUCCAAGUCACCUCAAAGAAAUAGAGACGUGGCAUUCGAUGUUCAUCUCCUCUCAAGGUUUGCAGGACAACCAGUGUUUACUCGUGGCUCACCACAAGCCUGGCAGCGGAGUAGAAGAUGGACGGCUGCAUUUAGCCUCACAUUUGGCCAGACUGCCACUUAUUCACUCCAACCUGGAGGAGGAACCAGAGGAGGUGGGGAAUGCUUUCCGCAGAUACUUGGGAAAUGUUAUAAAUACAAUGUCAGAAAGCCGAGAGCAAGAGGAGAUGUCCAUUAUUACAUAACAGCAAAAUCUAUAAAAUAUGCAGCUUAAUGAAGACAUUUUUUGGCAUCAGCAAUCUCUGUUCAAGUGACAUUCAUCAACAUUUCCCAUUUGUAAAGUUAUUAAUUACACAUCUUUGCUGUCAGCUGUACAUGAAAUCUUCCAAAACCCCUUGCAAUGUUUAAAAAAAUAUAUAUUUUACUACA